ACUGCCUGGUGAACGUGCAUGAACACAACUGUAAGGACCAGAUCACCCAGUGCGACAAGAACAGAAAUAAGGCGCUCCACAGAGAGGGACCCACACAUGGAUCCCAUGGACCCCAACAGAGCAUACCAGGGGCUUUGUUGGAACGGCAACCUGCUUCAGUAGCUGGAACUUCUCUGAGGCCUUCUCAGUCAUUCAAAGACAAACGCUCAGUGUCGGCUCCUGUGAAGACACAGCCUAACCAGCUGUCCACACCUGCUCAGCUGUCACACAGACACAGUCUGCCAACAUCCAGCAAGGCCAUCAGCGAAGAGUCGGAGACGGACGCCAUGUCUGUUGCCACCACGGAUGCUGCUGGACAGAGCAACAUGACAGACACCAUCUCUGAGUCCAUGGAAUCCUUGGAUGCAGUGGUUCCAUCAGAAAUCUCCUGGUUGGACGAUGAACCAGAUUUACAACUGGCUAUUGACGAACCUGAGGCAUGGAGCAUUACAGUGGAUCGGAAGACUUUGAAGAAACUCAGCACCAAGGAUAUUAAGCGACAGGAUACAAUUUGGGAACUCAUCAAUACAGAGAAACAGUAUGUGAAGAGGUUGAAGAUUAUGCAAAAGAUAUUUGCUGCGUCCAUGCUGCGAGACAUGAACUUCACUGAAGACCAAGUGGACAGGCUGUUCCCUCGGUUGGAUGAGUUGGUAGAGCUUCAUGCAAACUUCUUGCGGCAACUGCUUACCAGGCAAGCCAGAAACGAGGACAGAUCAGUGGAUGAAGUCGGAGAUGUCUUGGUGGAUCAGUUCCAGGAUAGUACUGCUGACAAGAUGAAGUCAGUGUACGGGGUGUUCUGCUCAAGACACACCGAGGCAAUGCAGCUUUAUAAGGAGUUGAUUAAGGACAACAGAAAGUUUCAGACCUUUGCCAAAAAGUGCACCAACCUGCCAGUCUGUGAGAAGAGAGACAUCUCUGACUUCAUCCUGGGGGUCACCGUCAGGCUGUCCAAGUAUCCAAUCCUCAUCGAAGCUAUUCUCAAGAGCACCAAAGACAAAAAGGACAGAGAGAACCUGAGUCAUGCCUUGCUGUUGAGCAAAGAUGUUGUUCAGAACAUUGAUGAAAAGGUGGCUGCUUAUGAGAAGCUGAUGGACAUUCAUAACAAGAUGGACUCCAGAGCUGUCAUGUUCAAGGACAAGAAAUUCAAGCGUCAGGACUUGCUUUCUGACACAAGAGAGCUGAUCUACAGUGGGAAGAUUGGUUGGAAGAGUGCUAGAGGCCGGGUCUAUGAUGUGCUGGCAGUUGUUCUCACAGACCUCAUUGUCUUCUUGCAGAAGAAUGAGCAGAAAUACACCUUCCUUAUGCAAGACAACAAGUCAUGUGUCAUCCCAUUGCAUAAUCUGCUGGUGAGGGAGAAGAGGGAUGCCAAGGACAGUCUGGGAAUUUACAUGAUCAGCCAGAACCGCAAGACCCCGGAGAUGUACGAGCUGGUCUGUCAGAGCAAGGUGGAGAGGGAGGAGUGGAUCAGGAUCCUGCAGGAUGCCAUCAGAGCCUGCCCACCAGACGUAGAGCCUGAGCUCUGGCCGCCCACCAAUCCUGGACUAGCUUUAUCCAAUGAGGAGGAGAAACGCAGGAAAGAGGAGCAUGCCAACCAAGUCAAAGUAAUCAUAGAGCAACUUCACCAGAAGGAUGAAGCUAUCAGAGAGUGCUGUGAUGAAAAGAGCAAACUGAUGUUUGAGUUGAUGGAGUUGUCUACCCCUCGCAGUGAAGCAGGAUCUCGACCAAACUCUCAAGAAAUUGUCAAUUUUAACGAAUCUGUGGAGAUUGUGCAUGCAGCAAUGCAGGAAGCAUCUCGUCUGACAACAAUCCUUCAAGGGUCUGGCACCCAGCUGAGUCGCAGUGUCAGCAGCGUUGGCGAACAUCACAGCAAUACUUUCAUCGCCACCCCGAUCCCCAAGCGAGCAGAAACAUUUGCGGGCUUCGAUAGCAGCCAUGACUCACCAAAAAUUAGUGCCAUGAAGCAGAGGUUUGUUAAUGUGGGCCAGGAGGAGGAGGAGGGCCGGUCGCCCAGCGUGCUGAGCCUCGACCAGCAAGAGGGCGACAGCAGUUUUUCUGAUGCUCCAGAAGCCACUCCAGCAGCAGCAGCAGCCAAGGAGAUGAACACACUGGAACCAAAGAUGGCAGGAGGAAACACACAGACGUAUCCGUCUCCACUACAGCAUGGCAGCAACGCCCACCUGUGGGAGGAGACGGCCAACUCUGACAAGUCCAGUGAUCGGGGCUCUCUAGGAGAGCUGUCAGCGGUCUCUGUCUCCUCGCUGACUCAUCCUCCCACCAACCACGAGCAGAUGACCUCCAUAUGUCACCUGGUGCAGUACCUCAAUAUACUGAUGAAUCUAACUUCAAAACAAUGCACAAAAGUGGAAAGUCUCAGAGCUGAACUAGCAGAAGCCAAAGAAGAAAUUGCCAAACUUUCAGCAGAUAUGCAGGGCAGACGCUCAGUUUACCGCCAUGAUCAGCUAGAGGAGCUGCGAAACCUGCAGGAGAACAUCAGCCGGGAGAGGCAGGAGUUGGAGAAAACCAAACUGCAGGACCGCACUUGGCUGGAGAUGGAAAAGCUGAAGCUGGAGAAUGAGCGAAAAGAAAUAGAGAAAGAAAAGCUGGACCUGCGUCUGAAAAAGGAUGAUUUGAAGAGGGAGAGAGAAGUCUUACAGCGACAGAUAGACAUGAUGAGACAACAGGGCUAUCAGGUGUCCAGUUCAGCGAGUGAUGACCCCAGCAACGAAGGAACCGACCUUGACAUCAUGACUGGUGACCUCCCAGAGCGGCAGCGGCCAAUGUCUCAUCGCAGAUCGGCCUCUGCAGAUUUCUACAACACCGUUGCCAUCAGUGAUAUUGAGAACAUGAACAAUUUUCCUUCGUAUGCUGGAGAUGCUUCUAAGGGUUUCCCUCGCCAGCCACGGUUGUCAGUUGGUAACACACAGGGGCAGGGUUCAAACACUGGUGCUAAUGCCAAGCUGGCGGGCCUCCCUGUGCAUUUGUUGAGUGCCCGCAAUGAACAAAGAGUCGGGGGUGCCAAUGUUCAGUGUUUGCCGCUGAAGCUUUCAGGUCCAAACAGUGCCGCCACUGGCGCCCCGUCCCAACAGCCACCUACUCGUGGAGCUGGAGUCUCUCGAGUCCAGUCCAUGUCUGCAGCUUCUCGUUCGGCCCUGGCGCAGCUAGCUAGAAACAAUGUGCCUUCCAGUCUGGCAGGAGUGAUGAAGCUAGCCGAUCCAAAGCCACCGUCUGGAAGUAAUGCUGGCUCGUUGCCCUCAUCCAAAAAGACACCUGCUCCACAGCCUGCGGGAGCCCCAGGAGGUCCAGUUUCAAAGUCGGAAAGUGAUCAGAAAGAAGCAGAGAAGAUCAUCUACUUCUAA